AUUUCUCUCCUCCUCCUUCGCCUCAGCGUUCUUCUACUGCAACCUUGAUCUCUGCCAGCAAGCGACGCAAUUGGAAGGUUUUUGAAUUUCAGCUAUUAGUAUGGCAAUAUUCUCUCGAAUCGCUUUCGCUUCAUACGCCUUUCAAACGGCUGCAGGAUUAAUCUUUGUUCCCCUCCAGGAAGACCGAUUCUUCGAUCUCUGCGGUUCCCUAGGAUUCGUCCUCACGAAUCUCGUGUCCAUAUAUCUACCCGGUGCGCAGCUCAACCACCUGAGCUCCGGCGACAUACGCGCAAAGGUCUUGAGCCCUCGUCGAUUCUUGCUAAAUGCUGUCUUGAACGCCUGGGCCAUUCGCCUAGGCUCGUUCUUGUUAUCAAGGGCUCUGAGACAUGGAGGCGACUCCCGCUUUGCAGAGGUGAAGAAGAGCAAGAUGAGAUUUGCUGUAGCUUGGAUCGCCCAAGCUACAUGGGUCUUCGCUGUUGGACUACCAGUUUACCUAGUCAACUCCGUCCCUUCUGCUGCAGACCCCCCUCUGACUAUUGCAGACUACGCUUCACUCGCGUUCUUGGCGAGUUCUUGGAUGUUUGAGCUCGUUGCCGAUUACCAGAAAUCCGUCUGGCGGCAAGCAAAAGAAAAGAAACAGCACGACGAGAAGUUCGUCACGAGAGGGCUUUGGGCCAUAAGUCGCCAUCCAAACCACGUUGGCGAAGUCGGUAUCUGGACAGGCGUAUGGGCGCUCUCCAUCCCAGCUCUCAAAGCCAAUGCCCCACUCGCUGGAGAAUACACAUGGCUUGUCGCUGGUAUCUCACCUCUCACGACGUACCUCCUUACACGAUACAUAUCUGGUGUCCCGCCUCUCGAGAAACAGGCAGAUCAGAGGUUCGGAGAGGAUCCAAAGUGGAAGGAAUACAAACGCAAUGUCUCCAUCUUCUGGCCUUGGGUUCGACCGUCAUCGGACUGAACUUUCGGACUCCCUGUCAGUAGCUUGCGCUGCCACGUUUCCAGAACGCUCUGUAUUUCUUGCGUCUUUGGUAGUCUAUACUGGCGGAGAACGAUUCACAUGCCCUAAUGUCGUCUCUAUUCUUCGAUGUCAUUUUGAGUCUUUGUAGCUUAACUUACUUCCUUCUGUACUAUUCUGCAAUGUCCCAUACACGUAAAGCUUAAAUAAGAAUGCAAUACGUACUGUAGCUAAGGGGAAAAAACCCCGGCCAAUGGUAAAGGACUUCACGCACUUGCCACUG